AUGACAACAACAGUUUCCCAAGCAUCUGUUGGCCCACACAUCUUUACUUAUGGGGAUGCUCAAAGUAAGAAGAUUUAUGUCAAGCAAGUAGAUGCCACUCAGUCUGGCAUUGAUGUAGUGACCAUGUCCUUUCUGCUAUAUCGUCUUAUUCUGUGGGUAAAGAGAGAUGGUACCCCCAAAGGGCAAGCCUUGAGCCCUAAUAAUGUAAUCACCUUCUCAGAGGAAGACACUGAGUCAAGUACAUUACUGACCUUGGAAGGAUUAGGAAAUGUGGUAGACUGUGCUGGUGGCUUUAAGGAGGUGAACUUUGGGAUGCAUGUGGUAGACUGUGCUGGUGGAUUUAAGGAGGUGAACUUUGGGGUGCAUGUGGUAGACUGUGCUGGUGGCUUUAAGGAGGUGAACUUCGGGGUGCAUGUGGUAGCCUGUGCUGGUGGCUUUAAGGAGGUGAACUUUGGGGUGCAUGUGGUAGACUGUGCUGGUGGCUUUAAGGAGGUGAACUUUGGGGUGCAUUUGCUUGCUCAGCUCCUAUCCAUAGCUGUGGUUUCGCAGUCACCAGCAUGCUGUUUCGUGUCCUUCAUUUGCAGAUCAGUCAUAGAACCCCGCAAAUCCUUCCCAUUGUGGAUAACCAUCCUUGGUGUGCUUGGAGUGCUGGCAGCCUUAGGGCUAAUUAUUGGACUCUCAGUUCACUUUUUGGCAGUAGAAAACAAGAUAUACUACUAUCAAGGUAGCUUUAAAGUGCUGAAUAUUCCAUAUGACAGAAAUUAUGAAAGGGAGACAUCACCAGAAAGUAACUACCUCAGUAAAAUCCUCGAGACUAAAAUGGUUGAUGCCUUUCAAAGUUCUAACAUUUACAGACAAUAUAUCAACUCUCAAAUCAUCACAUUGGUUCCUGAAAGCAACAGUGUGACAGCACAUAUAUGGCUGGUGUUUAAGGAUGCUAGGUCAAAGAAGGAAAACACAAGAAGGAGAAUUGAAAGCAUCUUACGUCAGAUGCUAGAGAGCAACCCGGGAUCCCUGACUGCAGAUCCUGAGUCUCUGAAGCUCGUGGAAAUCAAUAAGGUUGAUGCUGAGAAGAUUAUCAACAGCCGCUGCGGGAGACGACCAAGAAUGUCAGCAACCCAUGACAGGAUCAAGGGGGGUUCCACUGCUCACAAAGGAGAAUGGCCAUGGCAGGCAAGUCUCAGAGUGAACGGCAAACACCACUGUGGGGCAUCACUCGUUGGCGAAAGAUUUCUACUAACAGCAGCUCACUGUUUCCAAAAGACAAAAAAUCCAAAAAACUUAACUAUUAGCUUUGGCACUAGAAUAGCACCACCCUACCUGCAGCAUUAUGUUCAGGAAAUUAUUAUUCAUGAAAACUAUGCUAAGGGGGACCACCAUGAUGACAUCGCAGUAAUUGUGCUCACUGAAAAAGUCACCUUCAAGAACGACGUACAUCGGGUCUGUCUUCCAGAAGCCACAGAGAUUUUCUCACCAGGUGAAGGAGUUGUCGUUACAGGAUGGGGAGCACUUUCACACAACGGGGAAUCCCCACUGUUACUUCAGAAAGCACCUGUUAAGAUUAUUGAUACAAACGCUUGCAAUGCUGAAGAAGCUUAUGGCGGCAGGGUAGAGGACACAAUGCUCUGUGCUGGUUACAUGGAAGGCAAUAUUGAUGCUUGCCAGGGUGACUCUGGAGGACCACUGGUGCAUCCCAAUUCUCGAGAUAUUUGGUACCUUGUUGGCAUAGUUAGCUGGGGAGACGAAUGUGGCAAAAUCAACAAGCCAGGAGUCUAUACGAGAGUGACUGCCUACCGAGACUGGAUUGCUGCCAAGACUGGCAUCUAA